GGUAAUUUUAUCAUAUCCAUGCCAUGCAGACAAGACCCAUAUCUUGACCAAAAUGUGUGGUGACGUCGCCUAAUGUGCCAAUCUCCCCCACUACAGCAGUGAAGCUGGAAGCUGAAGCUUCCCUCAGCUGGGCCAGGAUCUUAACUAAAGCUUGUUUUCUCCAACUUUUUUCACCCAUCGUCAUCGACCCAACCUCAUUGGAUUGGAUGCCUCAAUACACUGCAUAUCAGUAUUCAUUUCCCUGCCCUGCCCUGUUUUGCUCUUUGUCUCAUCUUGUCUUGUCUCGUUUCUGUGUCGAUAACCUCUUCCUCCCUCCCUUCCCCUCCUCUUUUGCUUCUCUUCCUUCAACCUCUGGGUCAUAGCAUAUGGUCAACCUCUGCUGAAUAUGUCCAAUCUAAAGGACCUGUACAGCCAAUCUGGCGACGAGAGCCAGACAAGCAACUUUGGCGUCGACUUUGUCAUUCACUACAAGGUCCCUCUGUCAGAACGCGCAGAAGCUGAAGCCGGCUUUGUCCAGCUCAUCCAGGCCCUCACCACUGUUGGUCUAGCCACCGAAGUUCGUCACGGCGACAACAACUCCCUCCUCGUCUUUGUCAAAGUCGCUUCCCCCGAUCUCUUCGCGAAGCAAGUCUACCGCGCCCGCCUUGCCGACUGGCUGCACGGCGUUCGAGUCUCAGCCCCCCAUAGCGACGUCAAACAAGCCCUCCAGGAUGAGCCCGUAGUUGAAGCAGAGCGCCUGCGCUUGAUCUACCUUAUGAUCACGAAGCCACGUAACGAAGGUGGUGCUGGAAUUACUCCGUCCAAUGCAAAGUGGAAAUACGUUGAGUCCAUAUUUCCUCUGCAUAGUCACAAAUUCAACAAGAAUUGGAUCAAGAAGUGGAGCAGCAAGUAUAUCCUGGAGCAGAGCGACAUCGACGACAUUCGAGACAAGUUUGGUGAAAGCGUUGCCUUCUACUUCGCCUUCUUGCGAUCCUACUUCCGCUUCCUCGUCAUCCCCUCUGGUUUCGGCUUUGUCGCAUGGCUUCUGCUCGGCCAAUUCUCUUUCCUCUAUGCCCUGCUCUGUGGUCUCUGGUCUGUCGUUUUCCUCGAGUACUGGAAGAAGCAAGAGGUCGACCUUGCCGUGCAAUGGGGUGUCCGGGGUGUGUCCAGUAUCCAGCAGGCGAGACCUGAGUUUGAGUGGGAUCGCGAAGCUGAGGACCCUGUCACUGGCGAAGUUGUUAAGGUAUAUGAGCCCAUGAAGCGCAUCAAGACUCAAUUGCUCCAAAUCCCCUUUGCUCUGGCUUGUGUUAUUGCUUUGGGUGCUUUGAUUGUGACCUGCAACUCCCUUGAGGUCUUCAUCAAUGAAGUCUACAAUGGUCCUGGCAAGCAGUACCUGGGCUUCUUGCCAACCAUUCUUCUGGUUCUGGGUACUCCUACUAUCUCCAGCCUGCUCAUGAGCGCUGCUGAGAAAUUGAACUCAAUGGAGAACUAUGCUACUGUUGAUGCCCAUGAUGCUGCUCUCAUCCAAAAACAAUUCGCCCUCAACUUCAUGACCUCUUACAUGGCUCUUUUCUUCACAGCAUUCGUCUACAUUCCCUUCGGCCAUGUCCUGGUCCCUUUCCUCGAAUUCUGGAGAAAGACAGCCCAGGUUGUCACCUUCAGCGAGAAGCCGCUUCCGACAAGGGAAUUUCAGAUCAACCCUGCUCGAAUUAGCAACCAAAUGUUUUAUUUCACAGUCACGGCUCAGAUCGUAAACUUUGCUACCGAGGUUGUGGUACCUUACCUCAAGCGAGAGGCGCUCGAAAAAGCCAAGGCCCUCAAGUCCCAGCCAAAGGUUCAGGACGACCACGAGGAGGAAGCCGAGUUCCUUGAACGCGUACGCAAGGAGAGCACUCUCGAGACGUACGAUGUCUCGGGAGACUACCGUGAGAUGGUCAUGCAGUUCGGUAAGCUGACGUUGGAAAUGUUUGUGAAACUCAAUAUCUGACCUCUUGCAUAGGUUAUGUUUCCAUGUUCUCAGUCGCUUGGCCACUUGCAGCUUGCUGUUUCCUCGUCAACAACUGGGUUGAGUUGAGAUCCGAUGCCCUCAAGAUUGCCACCAGCAGCCGACGACCAAUCCCAUGGCGAACCGACUCAAUUGGACCCUGGUUGACCGCACUGAGCUUUAUUUCUUGGCUCGGCAGUAUCACCAGCUCUGCUAUUGUGUACUUGUGCAGCGGCGCCCGAGGUAACGGAAGCCAUGGUGAACCAUCGCCUCUCAAGGCUUGGGGUCUGCUGCUUAGCAUUCUUUUGGCUGAGCAUUUCUAUCUGGUCGUCCAACUGGCGGUCCGCUUUGUUCUCAGCAAGUUGGACAGCCCAGGCGUGCAGAAGGAGCGCAAGGAGCGUUUCCUGAUGAGGAGAAAACUUCUCGAAGAGAACAUUGGCCAAGGUGCAUCGGAAGAGUCUUCAGUUCCAGGCAUUGAUCACAGUGAGAAGAUUACUCGCGAAGCUUUGGAGGAGGAGGCCCGACAGACUUCCAUCCGAGGUCAUGGAACGCCUGAGGAGAUGUAAGUGGACUUCAAAUGAUAGUUCCAUAUGUACUAAUGGAUGUCACAGGUUCUGGCAACGCCAGAGAGGCAUGAAUGAGACCAUUGAUGUCGGACGCAGAAUGAUUGAGCAGCAGGUAAGUCUUCGAUGAUUCAUGAUUCAAGGCUGGGGAUUAGCUAACCAUUUAUAUAGAAAGCUGCCGCGGAAAAGAAUGGAAAGGCCAAGUCUGCUGUGCCAAGUAUGAAGGCCGCCUGAAGUGGGUUGAAAAACAAGGCCUGGAGCAAAAUGGGGUAGAAUCUGGACGAUGGAAAGAAGUUGACAGAGAUGGAAUGAUGGUCAUGGUAAACGAACGGCUAUGAGCUCACGAUUGGUAUGGAUUGGAAGAGAUAUGUAACAUUGCUUUGUUGGUGAAAGGAGUGCUUUGGUUUUCAAUUGAAAGUCUUUCUCGACUGCAUCAUCUUAUCCUUUCCUUCUGCCCCAGUCAUGUCGAAGAAUGAAGAUCAAAACAGGCAGACACGUGCCACAGGAACGCCAUGACGAGGCAUUCAUGACAAAGAGGGGCGCUAACGCACGUGUGCCACUCUAACAGGGCGGAGGCUGUGCCGUAUGAAGAUCGCUCCCUUAACAACGCCGCGGCUGAAAAAGUCUGGAGCAAUGAAAUGAGUUACAGAGCAAGACAAUUGGGAGGAGGCUUGUGUGCCUUGUUUGAUCGACUUGAAUCUAUCGUAUCUGGAGGAUGGUCGUGCAUUGAUCAUGCGAAGCCAGUUUGCUGGUUGAUCAUGGCAGCAAUAAUAUAAAUACCUACCUAGGCAAAAUCAAGGUUCAGCCCAGGCCGUUAAUAAGACUUAUCGAUCCUAUGAUUGUGUUCUAGAAGAUAUUGUUCAAAAACUUUAGGGUACUCCCGUCAUAGUAGCCCAUGUCUCAGAUCACCCACAG